UUAGGGAUGGAGGGGGUGGGAUCUAUCUGCAAGUAAACUAUUAUCAGCACACCGGGCGAGUACAGCAUUUGGACUUCUUGCAAGCGAGAAAAUCGUUGCCUGAUAGGAAUACUAAACUGACUUCCAGCAGACACUAAAACUACGGGCACCAUGUCGGACAGAAAAGCGGUCAUCAAGAAUGCGGACAUGCCUGAGGAGAUGCAGCAGGAGGCAGUGGAGUGCGCCACCCAGGCCCUGGAGAAGUACAACAUCGAGAAGGACAUCGCCGCGUACAUCAAGAAGGAGUUUGACAAGAAGUACAAUCCCACUUGGCACUGCAUUGUGGGUAGGAACUUCGGGAGCUACGUCACCCACGAGACCAAGCAUUUCAUCUACUUCUACCUGGGCCAGGUGGCCAUUCUGCUGUUCAAGUCCGGGUGAAGGGGGCUCCAAGCUCCGUCAAAGCAAGCCUUCAACGCUCAACUGACCAGUAAUGAGACUGACUCGGCACACAGCCCCAGUCUUGGUGUGGGGACCUGUAUGUUCUGUGCUGCUCUCUCCACCUUUGUUCCUGUAUGGUAGAAACAGUCCUGUAAAAACUUACUUGUAUUUAUUUUUGUUGAUUGAUUUUUCUACACAGCAGAUAUAACUUGUCACUCAUAUAUAUAUAUAUAUAAAAAAAAAAAAGUAAAAAAGAAAAACAAUUUCUUUUCUUUUUUUUCGCUUUUUUUUUUUCUCUCUAAAACUCCAAAGCAAAGUGUGGUUUUCGUUUUGAUUUCAUGUUGCAUUUGGUUGGAAAAAAAAAAAAGUAUAUUUUUAAAGAAAUUAUAAUAUACCUUAGGAUAGGUGUCUUUUGAUAGAGAAUCUAGGAAGUGAUGGGAAUAUAGGAAAUGAGUUGUAGGUAAAGAUAUGUGUGGGUGAAAGUCGAUGGACCGUGGGGCUGUUGGCACGAGUUCUGUCCUGCAAUGCUGUCCUAGAAGAGUGGAUGUGUUUCCAUCAGGUGCCUCUGAGGGAGGAGGCUCCAGGAGUACAUUUUCUUUUGUUCUGGUCAUUGCUGAUGUAUGGGUAUGUUUAAAUGUAGACGUGUGCAUAUGCAUAUGCACAUUCCUGGGGAGAAUUUGCAAGUUCAGCAAGUCCCGUUUUGAUGCAUGGAAUCUAGGACUGAGCAUUCUUCCUCCUUUGGGCCUGGCGUGAAUAGCCACGGGCCGUUUCAAAAGUUUUAGUUUUGUGCCAAUAGUCUUUUCAGCACAACACACUGAGAGGCAAGUCUGCUGCCCGUUUGCUUGACUUUAACGUGAGUGUUUCCCUUUCUCUCUUUCGCUCUCUCUUUCUCUCUUUCUCGCUGUCUCUCUCUCCCCCCCCUCGUUGGCGAGGCGUCUCGCGUUGCAGGAAACCCAAGCUUUCGCCGAGUGCUCGGUUAGUUCCCGAGAUCACCACGGCGCGGACCGUCUACAAAUAAAGUGGAGCGUUGUGACAAAAGAUGCUGUCCUUUGCCUCGAGUUAUCUGUAGGUCCGCUCAAGGAGAGUUAUCCGAUUCCUCAUUGAAAGGUGCUACAGGGCGGCACUAACAGUUUGAGUAUUGAGACCGGUGGCAUUGGAUCCAGCCUGACCUACAAACUUAAGUGCUGCAUCUCACUAUUAAGGAGCAAAACCUGACAUUAUUAGAAACGGCAGUUGCAGAUCUACAUUCAGGCAGAUUUGUGCAGGAAGUUUCAAGUUUAGGAAUUGGGAAUGGCUUUGUCUUGAAUUUAUAUAGUUUAAUUUCCUCUUUCUGUCUGUUGAUUGCCUUCCUUCCCACAAUGCACUGGUUUUUUUUUGUGUGGCCUCCAUUUUGUCUUGCACGUGUUUGGAGCGAGUGGCGGUAAUGUUAAAUGGCAUUCACACUUUGAGAAAAUGGUUGCGGAAAACGGUUCUUUCUUUUCAGUCUUUAGUGAACUGUUUACUUUAGAGGUCUAUUAAAAAUGAAUGUGUACUUGUA